CUGUAGGAUUUGGCAGGCGAGCAGUUCUUUUAGAACCUGUAGCUUUGGUCGACUAUAUUCUUUUCCUUGAGGCUAGAGGCCUCUACAGUCUUCAAACAGAGCUCUAGUUAUCAUCACGGCCCCGUGCUCCGUCAUCUUUUACCGAGCAAGAAUUUACAAGCUGAUGGAGAUUUUCUUGUCCUGGAGAAGAAAAGAUGGACCAGGACCGAGGCAUGGCAUUUGAUGCCCCUCCCUUGUCUUCUCUUACUUAAACUUUCCCCUUUUUUCCUUCUUUUAUUUUCUGUUAACAAACAGCAAGAACGCAGGGUCUAUAGAUAGAUCGGAAGGAUCUCUCUUUCUACUAUUUCAGAAGCUUAUGUCCCUAUGUUCUUCGACUGAGCCUUCUUUCGGCUCGGCCAAUGAACUGGGUUGGUUCUACGAAGUGACUUGAUAUAACUCAGCGGCUCGACAGCCUGAGUGGUGAAGAAAAUGGCUCAACAGGUAGGAGGAGGGUGGCCUCUGGGACUGCAGCCAUUGAAUGUGAGGGUUGGUCUAAUCAGGAACCUUGACUUUUCUGGCUCUCUUUCCUUCACUACUCUCGUCUCUGGUUCCCCGAGUCCGUCUUCUAUUACUUCAUCAGAUUUGGAUACAGAUUCCACCGCAUCUUUCUUCCAUGACCGGAGCAUCACACUUGGCAGCCUUAUUGGAAUUACAAGCAUUUUUGAGCUGUCUCGUAGGUCUCUCAAAAGGAGUAGGAAGCAAGACACCACAAGAGGGAAGAACAGCCAGAAGAACAAGACUUGGUUCUCUUUCUGCAUAAAGGCUCGGCUUAAACGUGUGGUGGCCGGCAAUGCUCCAUCCCUUGGCCAUUUUCUUGAGGUGGAGAGAAGGGCUGGUAAUGCCCACAGGAGGGACAGAGGUCCUCUUACGUAUGAACUUGAUGGUUUGCCUGAAGACCAGUCUAAUGCAGAGGCCAACUCUCUUCUUGCAAAUGGCCUUAUUGUUCCACCUCAAGUUGAUGGAAAUGGAGCUCUGGCACUGGUUGGAGAUGUGAAGAAAUCAAAUUCUACCAGAAGCCUAGGCCAUGACGAUGGCUGCUGUCUUGCAUUGAUGUUUCCAUGUAUGGGUGGUCGUUCCGGUCAUUGAAGGUGGGCAUCGACUAGCCAACCUCCAUUUCGUGAUGUUCUAUAAUUUGAGUUCUCAGUUCUAUGUUCUUGGCUAGAAACACCUCGGUUGUGGAAGCCCUCUGAGAAGGUGGCUGAAAGAGGCAUCCUUUAUUAUUUCUUUAGAUCUGAGCCUUAUUCCUCUUUGCUGAGAAAACCUUCUUCAAUGAGUCCAAGUAAUAAAAAGAUUCUCGUUGUUUGUCUUAUUUUCCAUGGCACCUAGUUCUUUGGAUGUAAUUGGGCAAGCAGUAUAAAACUAGACUCUGUACAUUGACUUCCUUAUUACAUUAUGCAGAUGGCUGUAGGAUUAUGACAUA